AUGACAGAGACAUUGAAUGUCAUAGUCAAUAACGUAUCAAGUGUAGGCGCUUAUACACUUGAUCUGAUUGCGCCUCCGAAGUUAACUUCGGAGAUCACUCAGUUGCCAACGCUCGAACAUAAAAGGUUCUUGCGUGAUCUGCGUAGUGGCAAAGUCAAGCAGAUCUGCAUACUCGUUGCUGACGACGAGUGUGUAACCGACAUAAGGUCAGCAACAGUGUUUACUGAGAGCGAGAGAGUUCUCAGUAGUUCAUCUAUGGACGAGAGUGUCCUAGAUGAAAAGACACGAAUUGAGCGAUAUGACUCCCAAUCAUGGGAAUCGCUCAAGGAGAAUCCUCUCUAUGAAGAUUUGGUUGAAUUCAAGGAUGUAUUCCCUGAAAUUGUUCCGUGUGAAUUACCGAAGGAUAAAGGUAUUCGACACGAAGUCGAGCUUAAACCAGGCUCGAAGUACUGUGUCAUGAAGCAGUGGCCACUGCCUCGUGAACAAGUACUUGCGAUCGACAAGUUCUUUGCCGAUCGUUUAGCAGCGGGCCAUGUGAGGAAAUCAACUUCCCCACAUAGCUCUCCGACCUUCUGUGUGCGAAAAGCAACAGGAGGGUGGCGGAUAGUGCACGCGUUCAACAAAUUGAACGCUGCAACGGUACCGGCUCAGACGCCGAUGCCGAGGAAGGACGUAAUCAUUGAUGGUAUGUCAAAGAGUACCAUCUUUUCGUCCAUGGAUUUGAUGGAUGGCUUCUAUCAAAUCCUUAUGCGGGAACGGGAUAUACCCUAUACCGCAGUUAGCACGCCUAGCGGCAUGCUCUGGGAAUGGCUAGUAAUGCCACAAGGGCUCAGUAAUGCCCCUGCCACGUUCAACAGAUGUGUAUCACAUCUGUUGAGGCCAGUACGAGAAUUCGCGCCGAGUUAUUUCGAUGAAGUAUUCAUCCAUAGUCGAGCUAUGGAUGGAAAGUCGGACGUUGAGGUUCACAGGUACCACGUCCGACAAGUUCUUACAAUCAUGCGAAAGCAUCAAUUGUAUGCUAACCUCAAGAAGUGUAUAUUUGCAGCAAGCGAAAUACCACUUCUUGGGUGCAUCGUUGGUAAGAACGGUGUACGUCCUGAUCCCGAAAAGAUCAAGGCGAUCACCGACUGGCCUGUGCCGGUCGAUGUCAAAGGUCUUCGAAAAUUCCUUGAGCUAGCGGCGUAUUUGCAUAAGUAUUCACGCAAUUACGCCGAGAUGACUGUGCACCUCUCUCGUUUGUUGAAAAAGAACGAGGUGGUUAUGGAACGCUGA